AUAUGCCUAACACUCUAGAGUAUGCAGCAACACGGAGCUACUGUUGACGAACAGAUUACUUCGCCAUUGAAGUAUUUAGAAGGAAUCGCUGGUGCAUGCAGAGAAGGCGCAUCUAGGUUUAUCUGUGCGAUGAUGCUCAUGACAUGUCAUCACUGGAUUUGGGAAACGGCAAGAACUAUAAAGAUGGAUGCCUAAAAUGUAAGGUAGUAGAAACAUCAUACAGUCGUGAAUGCAACGUUCCUAAUAUCAUUCUCCUUCACACAUUCCGGUCUAUCAUUUGCUCUGGAAGGAAAUCGGGACAACUUUUAGAACAGAAAAAGGAAACACUUGACAGACUUGUGAAGGUAGUCUCAGCUUGGAGGAACAGCGGAGGGGGCCAUCUUCUGAUUCACGUAGAGGGUCAAAUACCCGAGGACAGGUGUCUGGAACAGUUUGAUGAGCUCAUCACCAGGAGUCUGUCUGAUCUCAUUGAUGACGGAGAGUUAUAUGUAGACAUAUACAAACGACAAUGGCUCUCUGAUAUAGACGACUUUUCAGACAAAACUGACUUCAUUUUAGUGAACGUGAAGGAAACGAAUGGGGUAGCUACUGUUGAUUUUAACACGAAGGUGAGGAACGAUAUUGAAAACAUAUCAAUAAGUUCUACAAGGCUGGCUAACUGCAUGAUCGAGAGACGGAAAACAAUAGACUCACCCAAGACAAAAGGUUUAUGUAAGAAUAUUCAACAACUCCAUGAAAGCAGGAAUAUUGAGAUCAAAGGUCUCCAUGUUGACAAACUGAAGAAUCAAGUAGCAAAGAAAAUUUCAAGAAGUCCGUCAGAUUUCGCAGAUUACAUAUGGCAUCAUCUUAAACUUAAAGACAACGUGACCUCUAUGUCCAAGGUUGAGGGAGGCGGAUCAUACUAUGUUGGGAUAACUGAGAAUACUCUGGACAUUGAGAAUUACAGAACCAAAUUUCCUAACAUUGACGGGUUUUGCACGAAAUUUAAAGAGUCUGAGAUCAUCAAAGCCAUCAAAGCUAAAUUAGAAAGUGACACAAUAGCCUUACGAAAAGGCACAUUCUGUAGUGCCCCUGAUGAUUUGAUUGACGUGCGGUUACAUCCAAUUCCUGGAAUUGAAAGACGUGUUCUGGAGGUAGCUGUACGGUAUUAUGAUGGCAUUGUCUUCAAUGACAAGGAUGGACCAAGGGCGUAUGAAGUAAAGGACAACGCUAUACAUCGGAUGGACAGAGCAACAUGGCUAGAUCGUUUUAAAGCCACAGAGAUUUAAUUUCAUAUCCAUUCAAUAUGGAAGAACAGUUCAAUAUGGAAGAACAGUUCAAUAUGGAAGGACAGUUAAACUUGCCCGGCAAAACAAAUGACAGUGACGAGAGUGAUGACUCCAGUGUGUCCAGCAGAUACAGCUCAGAAGGCGAUAUUCCAUUACCAACCUAUGAUGACUUCUCUGACUCGGAUGACUCAGUAACAGGAUUAAAGACUUCUGGUUGUAUGCUCCCGUCAAACAUUGUCUCUACGGCUGAACAAAGAAAUAUAGUAAGGACACUAUCCGAUGAGUCGAGGCAGUCAUUCUUCGGAAUCUUCCCGGCCAGCAUUGAGGACAUUCUCACGAAACAGUAUGCCCACAUCGUAAAGAGGUUGAGAGAGCUGCUGGACAGAGAGUGCUCAGUCAUCAUCGCAGGAGGCAGCUUGCGAAAGAUUAUAGACCCCUCCUGGGAGGGGCGGGUCCCCGCGUCUCUCCUGUGUGAUGUGUGUGUGUUCUCCCCUACACGGCCUGUCUUGGUGCUGACUUUCACAUCUAGGGAUGAGGUCAACCAGAAGAACAUUCCAUACAACACCCAGUUGGCGAGGUUGAUCAUACAACAUGUAAAGAAAGAUACGAAGCUUGAUUUCAAUGUUGUGCAUGGCACUGUCGACAACAUUUCAUGUCAGGAGAAACAUGGUCUUCUGACAAAGCUGGCCCAACGUCAGAAAUUAGCCAAAAGCAUAUUUUUCCCUAACGAACUGCACAUGGAUAAAGACAAAUGUACAUCCGUUAUAAAGUCUCUCCUGAAAUAUCUGUCUGACGACACUGAGAUAGAGAGACUACCACCAACCGCGGAAGAUGAAGAACAUGUGACAACCAUAUACAAGCAAGAUGCAAUUGAUGAACAGUUACAUACAGUGGAGGAAGAUGAUGAACCCAAAAUCAGCAAAGUCAAUCAAGAUGACAAAGUGGACGUAUCACAACUGAUAUAUCGUCACCAGUGUUUGAAGGACAGAGAAGAAUUAUUCCCGCAGCUUCCAGUUGAUAGACCAAGCAAAGCAUCUGGUUCGAACGGUUGGACCGGAGCAUCGAGCAAAAUGGACACCUUCCCGAAGUGUUCUGUCGAUCAGAAGCAAUUUACCCUACAAGGUCCAGUCCCCUACUUACUGCCCUGUCUACACGCUGUGUGUGAGACGUGUGUGACAUCUGCAGCUCGUGGUGUGAUAUCAUGCUCUACAUGUCAGAGGGGCGUCAACCUCACAGACACAAGCCUCCAGAAGGAUGCAGUGAGACAGAAGGAAAUAUACCACCUGACAGUCAAACAUCGAUCCUCAGACCUCCUCUGUACACAUGAAGAUGACGGGAACCAGGCUGUGUGUUGGUGUCAGGAGUGUGAGGAGUUCCUCUGUGAAUACUGCCAGAACAUGCACAGCAGCUUCAAACUUACCAAGAACCAUGUACUUCAAAACUUCACUGACGUGGAACCGACAAUCUCGAACAUUCCAACAUUUUGCGGUAUCCAUAAACACGACUCUCUUUAUCUUUUUGAUAAACGCUGCAAGAAGUUAAUCUGUGCGAGAUGUAGGAUUGAAGACCAUGCUGACCACGAAGUUGUGAAGCUGGAUGUUGUUGCUGAUACUAUAACAAAACAGUUGGACCAUCAUAAGAAUGAGCUCUCAAAGUUACAGGCUCGCCAGCAAUCAUACAUGCAGAGCAUCAGGCAAGGAAUCGAAGCAACCGACAGAACACACUACACUUUGAAAGAAAGUAUUGGCCGCACAUUCCAGACUCUGAGAUCACAACUUGAUCAAAGAGAGAAGUCAACUCUGAUCGCCCUUGAAAGUCAAACAAAGGAGACCAAGGCAACUCUACAUGCUCGUCUAAACACAUGUGAAGAAGAUUGGAAGACAUGCACUGGGGUUUUAGACUACAUCGCCAAAGCCCUCCUCUAUGCCUCAAAGUCAGCCCUCUUGGAUCUGGAGAGUUGUGUAGGGAAGAUGACUCAGAUAUGCCUGGACACUGUUAUGCCACAAACACAUGAUGUACCUACAGCUGUCUACAACACCAGCAGCCUGUCAAAUCUUCAAUCAAGAAUAUCAGAAUUUGGUGCAAUUUUGACAUGUGAAAUGGAUGGAGAAUCUGUUAAAGACAAGGAUACGCAGACAUACGACUUUAUUGCAGACUUGGAAAUGAAAUACAAAAUGGACAUUACAGAACUGAAGACGAAAAUUGAUGCAGAUGAGAAACAUAUUGAAAGCCUUAAACUGCUUACAGACCAGCUGAAUGCUGAAAUCAAAAGCUUGAAAUCGCGCAUUGACGAGAAUGAAAAAAUCGAAAAGAGAGCCACGAAAACCAUGGAUUUCUUGCUUGAUUCUGCCAGUGAAUACGGUGUUCAUCUGCUGAAUCCAGGAGCUGUAGACACAUCCAUGCUGCUGAAAUGUAUACAUCUGAAGUAUGACAAAGACAGAGUCAAUCUCGACUGGGUCCAUAUCAACACAGAAGGAGACCUGGUCAACUGGACGUCGUACACAAGACCUGCAGGGGAGGGGAGACUGAAGAUGUAUGAUGGCACAUGUAGCACUGCCCCCCUCCCCCGGGCUGGCUGUCCCCAGUACUGGGAGGUGGUGAACAGGGUCAGUCUGGACGAACCACUCAUAGGGAACCUCCUCAUCCUGGAGGUGGGUGUGUGUGGGGAGGAGCAGAGGGACGUGUCUCAUCAUAUAGGUGGACAACCAAGCACCUGCUGCAUGCAGGUCGCCCACUGUCCUACACACGACGGGAUAUGCAGGGAGACACGGAAGGAGGGGACGCAUGUGCUCUGUCUGCCUGACACUCUCCCCAACACAGCAGGGGCAUCACACACACUACAUUACGGGGUUGUCUAUGAUGACGCCAGGAAGAAGAUUGUCUUCAUUGAUGUGAAGGAGAAUAAAGUGAUGUCGACGUUAGACAAUGUAGACUCUAGUCAGCCACUGUGGCCGAUGUUCGGGGUGUAUAACCCAGAGUAUGUCACUGUCAGCAUGACACUUGUAGUGGGCAGCGACAUCAACAUGACAGAGGAGAAGAAAGCAAUGAUUGUCAAGGCGCUGUCGUGACGGUGACAGUGAUUGUCAAGGCACUGUCAUGAUGGUGACAAUGAUUGCAAGGCGCUGUCGUGAUGGUGACAGUGAUUGUCAAGGCGCUGUCGUGAUGGUGACAGUGAUUGUCAAGGCGCUGUCGUGAUGUCGUGGCGUCAGAGAGGUGGCCGUGAUGGGGAUAAUGAACAAAUAUAGACUUGUAGAUAUUUACUACUCAGAAACAACUACGUGACAAACAAAUAACUUAUAUGUGACGGAAGGCUUUCAGUAUGAGCUGACGGUAUAAGAUAUCCUCGUGUAUCCAUGUAGAGGUCAUGUAUUCUACUCACAGUUAAAAACAACUGUCAUUGAGAAUUAUGAAUAGUUAAGAUGAAACAGAUAGUAUUUUCCAGUUACCGACAGUCAAUCUGAAGGCGACACACAUCCAAUGUUACCACACAAGAAUGAAAUAACUGAAGCGUUCGUAAAAUGCACGAGAUCAACAAUUUUGAGAGGCAGAUAGUGA